AUGACUAUCUCAAAGAAACACGCCGUUUUUGAUGUCGUCGGCACCUGCGUAUCGUUCGACGUCUUUCUCGACACAAUCGAACAGGUUCUCGGCCCACGAUUGCAAGCCCAUGCAGUGUCGGCCAAGAUAUUCGGAUUUGCAUGGAUGCAAUCCUCCGAGCUCGAGUCUCUAAUGCUCCACAUGUCCAAGCGGAGUGUGCCGUACAAGGAAGUUUUCAAGGCGCUCUUUUACCGUGUCUUAUACAUGUCCGGCAUCGAAAACCCGAGAUCGUUUGCGACUGACGAGGAAAGAGACAUAUGCCAGGAUGCAUACUCAAAGCUGGAACUCCGCCCGGAAUGCCAUGCCAUGAUGGAAAAAUUAAGGAAGAAUGGUUUCACUAUCUGGUGCUUAACCACAGGCGACACAGAAAGAGUCGGCGGUUAUUUCAGGCGCGCUGGCUUUGAAAUGCCCGCUGAAAAUCUCGUCAGUUGCCAUCAGUUUAUGAAACAUGAUUCUGCAUCGGAGUCCCCGCUUGAUAUGGUCAAACCUUCGAUGGGGUCCUACAAGCCCAUGCUAGACAAGUUCAAUACCGAGGAUCAAAAGUGGUUCGUGGCGGCGCAUAUGUGGGAUGUAAGCGCGGCCGUGAAAGCUGGCUUCCGCGGCGCUUACUGCUCUAUCUACGAGAAGGAGUCGUGUAUUGAGAUCUUUGAUACUAAGAUGGAUGUUAUGGCCGAUACAUUACUCGAAGUAGCCGACAAAAUGAUCGACGCGACAAUUUGA